GGACCGAAGAGGCUGGCGGGGCUGGGUGGAAGGCCUAUCAACAUGGCUAGCCCUAUGGCUUCUUUGCUGCAGAGAUUUGAUAAUUCUUCUCGACUUCUUCUCUGCGCACUGAUAUCUGGACAAUGGGGGGCCAUGGCUGCCUUUCAAACUCUUCAACGGUCACUCUCUAUGGAAAAAGGAAGACAACAUUUCAAUUGGCAGGUCUUCACUGAGAAACUCUGCUCUCAAGAACCAGUGCUGGAAGAGCCCAACAAGACUCUUACCAUGAAACCAGUAUUGAUGCUGCUUCCAGUGUUGUGCCAAAGAAAUCUCUUUUCCUUGUUGCUUAUAGUACAAUCUACAGUGCCAAAGGAUUGCCUCAGCUGCCUGCUCCAGGCCUCUAGAAAAGAUCCCAAUCCAGAUUUAUGGGUACAGAGAUUAAGGGAUUUACUACAAGCGAGGAUGGAAGAGAGGAGUUUUUUUACCCCUGUCUUGCUAUCCAGCACAUGUCAACAGCAACUGAAACAUUUAUGUCAGAAGAUUAUGACCCAUACUAGCAGCAAUGCUAAUUUAGAAAGAAAAUUAAACUGGUUUGUUAAACUGGAAAAUCCUUGCUCGGUGCCAGCUGGAAAUACUUUUCAGUCUGGGUCUCAGAUCAGGAAAAAAAGAAAAGCACCUGAAGAGUCUCUGAAUCUUGAAGAAGAGAAUCAGAGGAAGAGGUCCCAACUGGAAAUUAAUUUGGAUACAGAAUUUUGUCAUCCACAGCUUGAACUGCAGGAUGUUGGAACAGAAAGCACUAAGAAUGAACUCAUGCUGGACACUUUUGGAAAUGAAGAUGUUCACUGCCUCAGCAGCGUCAAUCAGUUUUCUUUCAAAGAAGAUGAAGUAGAAAAGAGAAUUGUCGGCCAGAGUUUCAAGCAUGACCCUGUAACAGAGGUUCCUGGUCCUAUGAAAAACCAUAUAUCAAAACUUAAAGAAUUGCUGGAAAUGCAGUUUGAUUGUUCCAAUGGAACGGGCCCUCCUGAGCUACAGAUUCUGAAUGAGUGUACUCCAGAUCAGCUGGAAGAUUUAUGUUCACUGCUCAAACUCUCAGAUUGCCCAGAGAAUGAGCUUCUGCAAUUCUGCUGCUGGAUAGUAGCGCUUUCACCUGAACUUGGCUACAAGAAGGCAGCAAUACUUGCUGAAAAGCUUUUCUUACCUCGGGUUCUUUCGCUGACUGAGACAGCUUCCUGGCCUCUCACAACUGCCCUGAUGAUGUUCUGCUCCAAAUAUCCUCGCCCAGUCUGUUGCACUUUAAUUUCUUCUAUUGUGCAAGUUCCAGGGCAAGGCCUUGAACAAUUGAGAUUAGUAUGCAAGCUAAUAGAAGAAUGUUUGGAACCAGAAUGUGUGAAGCUGGUGUUCAGUCAUAUUAUAAAAGUGCCAUGGACAGAAGACCUUCUCACAGUUGUGCAUUCUUUGCUAGAAAGACAGGUGGAAUUGUCUAGUGAGCUCUUCAAUGUGUUGGUCCUUAAUCUUUGUCAGAUGGCUCAAGCGUUUGAAAGUUCAGUACAUUAUGCAAAACUGAUUCUGACUCUGUUGACCAAAUAUCAAAAUGAUGUCACAUUGGGCCACCAGCACCAUUUAUCAUGUGCCCUGGACUUUAACAAAACCAUCUUAAAGAAAUCUCUUCAGGCUGCAUUAAAGAGAGUGACUUCCAGGUGAAAAAUGUGAAACGUGAUUAAAAGAAGACGCUUGCAUAUUCCACAGAAGGAGAAAGUGAACCACUUGAAGGAGAAAGUGAACCACUUGAUUCACUGGAAUGUUUGUAGAUAUUUGAUCUUAAUGGAAAUGUUGAUUUUCCAAUGUUGAUAUCUAUGCUUGAUUCAGGCAUCUUCACUAUGGAAUAUAUUGUGUUCAUUCUUCAUGCAAACCUUUGGCAGUGUUGCCUUCAUGAAUCUGAACAGACAAGAAAAGAAAAACACCCUUUUAAAAUUAAUCUCUUAACUGACCACAUUCCAUUUUAAAUACUAUACAAGGAAAUAUGUAUAUGCAUUUGUAUUUUUGUUAUGGACUUGUAAUUUAGUGUGUACAUAUGUUUUAGUGUAGCCAAACUAACAUGUUUUUAAAAAUAACUUACUUGAAGUGCUGUCACGUCCUGAGUCUUGCUGGGCCAUGACAGAAAUCAAAGUGGGAGCAACUUUUUGCCUUCCUCUUACUGUUAUUCUAUAAAAUUACAUUCCUUAAUUAAGAAUGAGAGCAAUUGAAGGCAAGUAUGUGCCCCAGGAUAAAGUUG